AUGCCCCGACCACCUAGCCCCCCGCUUUCGCCACAUGAGCGCACUGCGCUCUGGGUCCAAGCCCAAGCCGCGCAGGCCUACGCCCACGACCAACACUCCCAGCACUCGCCUGUCUCUCCAGCACGAUCGUCCACAAAGACCGAGAGCACGCACCGCACCACCCAGUCCUCCGACGCCGUCUCCUACCAGCACCAACCGCCGUCUCUCAUGCGCGCCGCGUCCCUUCAGCAGUCGUCCUCGUCGACGCGUCCGCCCAAGGCGCGCGACACCCAGCGGCCGCGCUACGACUCGCGCACGAGACGCUCCAGCUUGCCCUUCCCGCAGAGCCCUCCAGGCUCAGGAUACCCCGUCCAGCUUGAAAUUUGCCCACCACGGAGCCCAUCGACACGGACGCCUCGACCGUCCUUGAGGAAGGAGCGGCGGCCGUCGCUCAUCGACCAGCUCAUCUCUUUCGGCACGCCGAGCAUCCGGAGGAAGGACGGACCCAGCGAUUCGGAUGACUUGACUAUAUGCGCAUUCCUCGAGGCUGCAUUCUUCGCUAGCCUCGUGUCCCUUGCGGCCAACCCACUCUGCGAACAGACUUCCAUCAGCGUUAUCGACGCUGGACACAAGCACAACGUCUGCGAAUGA